GCGGCUGCACUCUCCCAGGCAGCCUCCAGCCAUGCUGCCUGGGAGGGGACACUGCCUGGUACAGCGCAGCAGGACGGAGCUCUGACAGCUGAGCUGCAUCUCAAGUUGACUAGAAGCUGCCUCAAGGAAACUACUGCUUCAGUCAGAAAAAUGGCAUUUGAUGGCAACUGGAAGGUAGACAGAAGUGAAAACUAUGAAAAGUUCAUGGAGCAGAUGGGUAUUAAUGUAAUGAAGAGAAAGCUAGGAGCCCAUGACAACCUGAAAAUCACUAUUCAGCAGGAAGGAAACAAAUUCACUGUGAAGGAAUCAAGUACUUUCCGCAGCAUUGAAAUAAUAUUCAUGCUGGGAGUCAAUUUUGAAUACAGCCUGGCUGAUGGAACUGAGCUCAGUGGUACUUGGAACCUGGAAGGAAAUAAGCUUGUGGGAAAAUUCAACCGGAAAGAUAACGGGAAAGAGCUCCAGGCAUUCAGAGAAAUCGUAGGAGAUGAAUUAAUUCAGACUUACAUAUAUGAAGGAGUUGAAGCCAAGAGAAUCUUUAAAAGGGUUUAAACCUCAUGUCCAGAAAGAAAUCUGAUGGUAGAAGAAUCAUGUUGUAUAUGGCAACUGUUUCCUUUUCCCAACAAGCACCAAGUUACUGAUUGAUCAGUCUUGAUUUAAACACAGGCCAACAUUUUGCAU